CCUAUAAUUUUCCCCUUAUUUACCUUGCUGUUAGUGCUCUCUCUUUCUCGGUCUCUCAAAAGUCUCAAGUAAGCCACUUUUUUCCGUGGAAAUCUAAGAAACCCAUUUGCCUCUACUGAUUCAUUACUCAAAAUAUUCUUCCGGGUUUUAACUGACUCUUGGAAAUAAUUGGAUAUUGAGUUUUUUGGGUGGUCGGAAAGUUAACUGGAAAGCGACGAUGGAUGUCGAUUCACAACCAACUAUGGAGGAAACUAUAUUGGUUGGCGAUGAUCUAAUGAUGGGGCUACCAUCUCCUGUCAUCCCACAAGAAAUUGCAUCUCAUGUGCUUCAAGGUGUUGAUUUAUGUGAUGGGAUUUUACGCAAUUUAUUCUUGUGCCUGCAGAUUAAUGAUAUAGAGCCAUUCUGUCAAGAUGAGCUUGCAUUAUAUCGACAAUGUGCUGAAAAGAGAGACAAGGAACUAAGGCAACGGCUUCAAGAUAGUGAGAGAAAGUUGGGAUUGUCAAUGCCUUUAGAUCAGGCAAAGGAAAGAGCUGGUCAGGUUGAAUCGGAAGUCACGUCAUUAGAGAGGCGCUUGAUUCUGGCCAGUGGAAUUGAAGGCAUUGAAGGAUUUCGUCAGAGAUGGAGCCUGCAUGGACGCCUUACAGAUACCAAGGGAAGGCUGGAGUCUUUAAAGCUGGGAAUGGAGAACAGAAAAGAGGAUGAACCAAGCAAAAGUCCUACUAGGAAAAGAUGGUUCUUUUGGUAAUAUAGGUGUUGCAUCUGUAUGGUGCUUCAAAUUAGCAUACAUCAACAGCUUAUAACAAGAAGAUACACCCAGCAGUCAAGCUGUGGUAAUUAUGCAAUGAGGAUUGAUUCUUGAUUCUCGACUCUCAACCCUGCUUCAAGGUUGCAGAUCAAGGUCAAACAUGUUGUACUGCCUUAUGAGACUAGAAAAUUGUGAUGGGGAUGAGUUUUUUGGUCCAGGCUGCAAACUUCAUCGAACAUCUGAUGCUUAUCUCUAAACCAUGGGGACAGUUGGUCUACGUUCUACCUUGGUUAUUCCACAAAAAAUGUCCUUUGUAACAAGUGCUGAUUAGACAGAAAAACGCAAGACGUCAAUACGGGAAUUGUUUUUUUUCUUUUGGUUCUCGUAUGUUUUUUAGUUCAAUUAACGAGCACAUCAGCAUUCAUCCAGGAAAGAGAAUUUUGAUAGUUAUGCCACACUUAU